CGUGCUUACACCGAUGUGCGUGUGAUAAAGCUGUAGUGCUGGAAUUUUCAGCAACACGGAAGAAGCGCGCACUGGUAAACUCCAAAUAAUGGCCCGGAUAACAUAAUUGGCAAUAUAAAUGGAUCCAGAUCCGCAGACUCCAGUCCUGGGCAGUUGACGACAUGUGGCGCUCUCUUCCAGCAGUGAUGAUGUGAGGUGUGGAGCUUUCAGCGCUUUAUAGCACGGCUCUAUUUCUACUGGAUCAGCAAAUACUCUCUGUACAGGAGUAUGCGGUAUCAAGGUUAUUUUCGUGCUUCUGUCAAUUCUGCAAGUUCUGCGCUGAAAGAAGGAAUAUAAGACUGAGCAGAAAUUAAGGUCUGGUGGUAUUGAAUAGAUUUUGACCUGAAAGACCUGCGCAUAUAUUAAUUCGGGCAGAAAUUGCUCAUACGGACAGCGAGCGCUACUUAUCUCGACGGCAAAUUGGAAUUGCGGUGUACAUAAGGAUGCCAGGAAUGUUAUACUGUCUGACUGGAUGUGGCCUGCAAAUGGGAAUUAACAAAGAUGCGAUUUGAACAAUGACGAUUUAUAGUUAAACAUUAAAGUGUCCAAGUGUCCUGACUUUUGCAUCCUAAGUAUGCUGUGAGCUGUCGUCUUUCCAAGUGCAUUUGUCCUGUUGUUCUCUUCACGGUUGUUGUCCUCCGUUCACCCUGCUGCAAGAUCUGUAUCUUUGUUGCGCGGGAGCUCGUAGUGGGUCAGACAUGUCUGCCAAGGCUCCCAUAUACCUUAAAAGAAGAAGCCGUAAAGGAAAGAAGGAAAAGCUGCGGGACCUUCUCUCAUCCGACAUGAUCAGCCCCCCGCUCGGAGACUUUCGACACACCAUCCACAUCGGCAGCGGUGGCGGGGCUGACGAUUUUUUCGGUGACCUGUCUUUCUUACAAGGUAAAUUCCACCUGUUACCGGGACAACAGGGUCACCAGGGUACGCUCCAGUUAAGCCGCACUGCAAGUGUAAGUAGCCACCCACCAGCCAAUGAGAGCUCACCUCUGUUGAAAAAUGCCUUCUCGCUUCCCAUCAUUGGAGGAGUGCAGGCUCUCACUCUUCCUGCAACAAACCCUGCGACUUCACCAGCCAAGGCAACUGCUGAGGUGCCGGCGACCUGGGCUCAGCAUACUGCCGUCCUAACAAAAACCCAGUCUACUCCAACAUCACCAUCUCUCGCUCCACCUCCCAAACCUCCUAGACUUCACCUGGAAGAGAGAAAUUUGGGUGUGUCACGGCACGCAUCACUUCCUGCAUCUUCGAACAGCUCUCCCCUUCAUACGCACACUUAUGAACCAAGUCCAGAUACAGAGGAAGAUGAAAAGUGUGUACGAAAUGGAGAGGGAGAGGAAAGGAAAUACCUCUCAAAUGCUGGUUCUCUCCUGUCCCUUCAUCUGGACCUGGGGCCAUCCAUCCUAGAGGAUGUGCUUCAGAUCAUGGACAAGCAGAGAAUAGGGACAUUUAGUGGGGGACUUACAUCCAAUGGACGACAGGAGAUUUACACCUGAGAGGUUCGGGAGAGGAAAUAUGAGUGAUGAAACUGGAUGGUACAUACAUAUCACAUUUUUCUUUUUGUACUAUGAGAGAACUCUAUUGUGCAUGCUGUAAAUGAGCAUUUCCUGGAGAUUAUAUCUUUUUUGAAUGUCAUCCAAGUUUUAGACUUUCGGACAAACCAGAUGUCAGCAUUUCAUCCAACCAAAAAUGGAAUCUGUUUCACCAUCAGAAUUUGUUGAAAAGAACCAUUUUAAAUAAGCUCUCUCAUUUUGGAGCUACAAGCUAUAGGCAAAUAUUUUAAAAGUAUACUUAUAGAUAGAUUUUUAAACACGAAACCAUUCAGCAUUCUAUCUGCUAGUAACUGCAUGGUCUGUAAUAACAUACAGGCCCCCGGUCAACAGGGAAAGAAACACUCACAUUUCUCUCUGAAAGCACAGAUGACAUCAUCUCUCCCCCCAGUGCCGUUGCAAUUUGUGUAAGCGGGUAAAAAUGUGCAGCUCCUCCCUAAUGAUCUGGACACACACGCCAGGAGGCCUCUGCGUCUACACCCUGGGAUUUCAAGCUUUUUUUUGUUACGAGUAGUUUUCAUUCUUCAGUUUAAAACCCCAGAGGGCAUGACAAGCUCAUUUUUCACUGAACAGGAAUACACUUUUUACUGUGAUUGAUUUUUAGGGUAUCUGCGUUCCCUUAGGCUUUAAUAGCUGAUCACCUUUCAGGCAGCAGUAGCGCUGCCUGUUUCUGACCGAAGAGUGCUGCCUUGUGUUUACCGCCAUGUAAUCUUCCCAUAUGGGGUAAUUCUCUGAGUCAGUUGAUUAAUCAUUAUACUACUAGUGUAUGUUUAAAUGUACAGUAAUGCCAGACUACAAGUUUACCAUAAUGUGCUUUAAAGUGUCAUGGACAAGAACAGGACAUGAGACAGCAAUAAGAGAAUGUUGGCAAAUAUUAACAGAAACACACUGUUCUGUUGCUGUCAGGUUUUUUGUAAGUAUGCUGCCUUUGCACUGUUUAGGGUUGCUGGGGUUUAUAAGAAAAUUCAGUUUCUUCAUAGCAUCACCAAACAGAAAUCAUGAUUGAUUGCAAGCAGGUUUCCAGCACAACCCAGCCCAUCAGCCUACAGAUGGCUUACAUACAUAGUUUAAUAUAUGCAUUUUAAGAUGGGAUCAGAACAAGUAUUUUAGGAUAGAAAAAGUACAUACUUACGAUUCCUGGAAUUUUGUGGAAUUCUUUAUUUAUUUUUGUUUCUUUUUUCAGUAAACGCUCUUUGAUUUGUUUUGUGAAUUUCAUUUUGAAGAUUAUGCUUCAAUUUUGAUAGAUUAAAUGCAGAAACCAAUUAAAUCCUAUAGAAGUACUUUUGUAAGCAGGUCUAAUUUAAUUGUCUAAAAUAUAAUGUACACAUGUUUAUAUCUUUUUUACUAACCUAUUUUAAUGCUUGCAAGCCUAACCCCAAAUUUAACCAGGACUUUGUGACCUGAAAGGUUCAGAGGCACAUGACCUGAAAAUAAAAGUUUAUGAUUGUAGAAUAUAAAAUACAAGCAGCACAGUUCAUUUUUUUCUUGUUUUAUCAACUUAGUGUAUGUGUUUACAUCAACCUAUGAGACUGAUGAGACCAUCAAAAUGCAUUUAGACGAAAUACACAGUAGAUUUAGGGGCAAGCAGAUUGUUUCUGUGAGAAAUGUUAGAGUAUUUCUGCUUUAUCGGUAAAAGUGAAUCAUUAACACUAUGGCUACACAAAUUAAACCUGCAUAUAAUGUGCGUCUGUGAAACCUGUUCAGAUUUUCUUUUAUGUUGGUUAUUACUUGCCAUCUGUUAGAUGGUUUUAUUAGAUGAUUCUGUUAGAUGUUUGCUGCUGCUGUACACAGGUCAGCGGACUGUACACUUACAUAUAGAGGCAGAAAAAUAAAGGUGAAUAAAUGAUUUUUGAUUUCUCCAA